AUGUGCAGAGGUGUAGAAGAGAGUGGUUUCUGCCAGCCGCCAGUUAGUUCCCCAACAGGGUAUGUGUGUUGUGAGCUCUGCAGCAGAAGGGCUUCAUUGUAUUGCCAAGCAGAUGAUGCAUAUUUGUGUAGAAAAUGUGACCAAUGGGUUCAUGGGGCUAAUUUCUUAGCUCUCAGGCAUGUUAGGUGCCUGCUCUGCAACACAUGCCAGAACCUUACUCAAAGAUAUGUCGUCGGGAUUUCGGUUGAGGUGAUGCUUCCAACCAUUCUGAGUUGGGUGGAGAGAAAACGAUGCAGUUCAAAUAACAAAAGAAGGCGCUCAACCACACUGAAAAGGCCUUUCCUUUUCAUGUGA